GACCCGCCAACGUAAAUUAUAACCUAAAAAUAAUAAUGUGAGUCAAAAACAGAUAUUGCACAAAAUAGUGAAUUUAUUUAUAUAAAUUAUCAUCAUUAUAUAGAUUAACAUAUUCAAUUUUUCAACUACUAUUUUAAAACAAAAUGACAACAGCAGAUAACACUGUAAAUAAAAAAAAAAGUGAAACUAAUGUUGAAUCGACAGUUCAUCUAAAAACUCAGUUUGUUGGAAUAGAAAAUGAUCCAGGUGAAUCACCAUGUUUACUAUGUAAUCUCACUUUUAUUCUCCCAACAAAUGAGAAAGUAUUUUUGUCGCACUUGUUUGAAGAACAUCGACUAAUCAUUGGAGAUGUUUGGAAAAUUGCUAGCUUAAGAAGUUAUAUCCAUUACUGGAGGAUAAAAAUGAAAGACGAACCAUUAACAACUUUCUGCACAACAAUGUUAAUGGAUUGUACUCCAGAUGGGAAGCCUAGUAAAAAUGAAGUAUAUUAUUUAUUGUCCGAUUGUAUAACAGAAGAUAAAACACUCCGAGAUGAAUUACGAAGGGUGAAAUUGGAGUGGGCACUCGCUCAGCAAUCUCAAGAAAGAACUGAUACAAAUUUUAAACGUGGUUGCAUGUUUUGUAGAAUGGAAUUUAACGGUUUAAGAGCUACAUAUUUAAAGCAUCUAUCAGAAAAACAUAAUUUACAACUUGGAAAAGUGGAUAACUUGGUUUUUAUUGACAAGUUCUUGAAUAAAAUUCAAUAUAACAUUGAAAAUUUAAUUUGCAUUUACUGUGAAAAAAUUUUCAAGGAUCGAACUGUUUUAAAGGAACACAUGAGAAAAAAAUUGCACAAACGUAUAAACCCUAACAAUAGAACUUAUGAUCAAUUUUAUAUUACAAAUUAUUUAGAACCAGAAAACACGUGGAGAAGAAGACAGCAGAAUGCAUCUGAUGAUGCAGAAGAAUCUACCGGAUUUAGUGACAAUGAAGAUGAAGACAAUUCAUGGAGUGAUUGGAAUGAUGAAAGUAUCGGAGUAACCUGUUUAUUUUGUUCAGAAAUAACUUCAGAGUUGUCAGCUAUACUUGAUCAUAUGAAAACAGAGCACGAUUUUGAUUUUGAGAGAUCAACAAAAAAUUUAAAUUUUUACGAAAAGAUAAAAGUGGUAAAUUAUAUAAGAAAACAAAUAUACGAGAAAAAAUGUGUUUACUGUGACAAAGAAUCUGAUAAUAUACUGGAACAUAUGAAAAGCAAAGAUCAUUUUAAAAUACCGGCAGCGAGAGUCUGGAAUCAACCUGAAUUUUACUUUCCCAUGUUUGAAACGGAUUCAUUUCUUUAUCACUUGGAUUCCAAUAGUGACGAUGAAAAUGACAUAGAAAUGGGAUGUUCAUAGCAAUUAUGAAAAGUAUAAAAACAUUUAUCUUAUUCUAUAUUGAUGAAUUAAUUAUGAAAAUACAUAUUUAUUGAA